AUGUGCCUCUCUUCACUCUCUCACACUUUUAUGGCUAAGUUUGGACUCCCAUUCUUGGUGCUUUUCAUGUUGCUGAGUGGUGGUGCAGUGAGAGGCCAAAAUGUGCCUGCCAUGUUCAUAUUUGGUGACUCUCUCAUUGACAAUGGCAACAACAAUAACCUUCCUUCCUUAGCUAAGGCCAACUAUUACCCUUAUGGCAUCGACUUCAAUGGAGGCCCUACUGGUCGCUUCUCAAAUGGCUACACCAUGGUUGAUGAAAUAGCUGAGCUGCUUGGACUUCCCUUGAUUCCUGCAUACUCAGAAGCCUCAGGGAAUGAAGUGCUUCAUGGAGUAAACUAUGCUUCAGCUGCUGCUGGAAUCCUUGAUGCUACUGGCAGAAACUUGUGUUGGCGAAUACCAUUUGAUCAGCAACUAAGGAACUUGAGAACCAUUAAAUCAAAUAACGGGAAUCUUGGAGCAGACUAUAUGGCCACAGCGCUUGCACAAUGCAUAUUCUUCGUUGGAAUGGGCAGCAAUGACUACCUUAACAACUACCUUAUGCCUAUACCUACCAGAAAUCAGUACAAUGGACAGCAGUAUGCUGAUCUUUUGGUUCAAACAUAUAGGCAGCAGCUCACAAGGCUUUACAAUCUUGGAGCAAGGAAAUUUGUGAUUACUGGACUGGGGCAAAUGGGGUGUAUUCCAAGCAUUCUGGCUCAAAGCAUGAGUGGAAGCUGCUCUGAAGAAGUGAACUUGCUAGUGCAACCCUUCAAUGAAAAUUUGAAGACCGUUUUGGGCAAUUUCAAUGCUAAUCUACCUGGUGCCAGAUUCAUAUUCGUUGACACUUCCCGCAUGUUCCAGGACAUCCUUCUCAAUGCUAGAUCUUACGGUACAUAG